UUUCUUAAAAACCCUAGAUCCCUCCCAAAAAAUUAUCAAAAUCAAAUCCCCAAUUGUUUCCCUCUCAGAGAGAUCUCCGAGCGAAAACUCGGAUUUGAUAGCUGCGGGAAAUCCCUCUAAUUCCUCAUCCAGUCGUCUCUCAUCCAACUCCUAAUCCGGUAAGAAAAUUGAAAAAAAAAAUGGCUGAAAACAAUUCAACAGUUGGGUCUAAUGGAGAUGGAGAGAACUUAGAGAUUAGCUCUGAAAUUGGGAAUUCAUCGAAUUCGAAUGUUGUGGUUAACGAGAACGAUGCAGCUGCGAUUGAAGCGAUUACGAGGAAAGUUCAGGAUACAUUGACUGUAGGAGGUAAGAAACAUAAGUUCUGGGAAACACAACCUGUAGGACAGUUUAAGGAUCUAGGUGAUACUAGUUUACCUGAAGGUCCAAUUGAGUUACCGACACCGGUAUCUGAAGUGAAACAAGAACCAUAUAACUUACCGAGUUUGUAUGAAUGGACUACUUGUGAUAUUGAUUCGGAAGAAACAUGUGUUGAGGUUUAUAGUUUGUUGACUAAUAACUAUGUUGAGGAUGAUGAGAAUAUGUUUAGGUUUAAUUACUCCAAGGAGUUUCUGAGGUGGGCACUUCGUCCUCCUGGUUAUUUCAAGAGCUGGCACAUUGGUGUUCGUGUGAAAGUUAGUAAGAAGCUUGUUGCGUUUAUUACUGGUAUUCCUGCGAAGAUUAGAGUUGGUGAUGUGGUUGUGACAAAGGCUGAGAUUAAUUUCUUGUGUGUUCAUAAGAAGCUAAGGUCGAAGCGGCUGGCUCCUGUUAUGAUUAAGGAAGUUACUAGGAGGGUUCACUUGGAGAAUAUUUGGCAAGCUGCUUAUACUGCUGGAGUUGUGCUUCCCACCCCAAUAGCGACUUGUCAAUAUUGGCAUAGGUCUUUGAACCCCAAGAAGCUUAUUGAUGUGGGUUUCUCUAGAUUGGGCGCUCGUAUGACAAUGAGCAGGACCAUUAAGCUUUAUAAGUUACCCGAAUCCACUGUCACUCCAGGAUUCAGGAAAAUGGAGCUUCGUGAUGUUCCUGCAGUUACACGGCUUCUUAGGGAAUAUUUAAGCCAGUUUAUUGUUGCUCCUGAUUUUGAUGAAGACGAUGUAGAACAUUGGCUUCUUCCUACUGAGAAUGUUGUAGACAGUUACUUGGUUGAGAGCCCAGAGACGCACGAGAUUACUGACUUCUGCAGCUUUUACACUCUUCCUUCGUCGAUCUUGGGGAACCAGAACCAUUCAAUUCUGAAGGCGGCUUAUUCGUACUACAAUGUCUCCACAAAGACUCCAUUGCUUCAAUUGAUGAAUGAUGCUCUGAUCGUGGCUAAACAGAGGGAUUAUGACGUCUUCAAUGCAUUGGAUAUUAUGCACAAUGAAUCUUUCUUGAAGGAGCUGAAAUUCGGACCAGGUGAUGGGCAACUUCAUUAUUAUCUUUACAAUUAUCGUGUAAAACAUGCACUGAAACCAUCAGAGUUAGGGCUUGUACUCUUGUAGUUCGAAAAACAUCUGGAAUCUUAUUCUUAUGCGAAGGACUAGUAGUUGAUGAAGUCUUUACUGAACUAGACAUCUUGGGUUGUAUUCAAUUUGAUGAGGCUUUUUUUCUUGCAACCUUGAACCAGAGAUUUCUUCGAUUAAGAGCAGAGUUUUGUGUCCCUUUCUUUAUGUGUUAGCAAAUAAUUUGUUUUAAGGUAACAGAUAUUGAAAAUUUUGUUCUCUUUCUUGACACUGAAAUCUUCUAAUCAUGUUUUCCUCUGUA